CCUAGGGUUUACGAGCCCUCCCUCUGGCCGCUCCUGCUAUAAAAUCCCGGCCUCACACACCCUUGCGCCGCCGCCGCCGCACCAGCUUCUCUUCGUCCUCCCGCAGCCUCAUCGAAUCCAAGAGAUCAAGUCGCUGUUUCCAGCCGCCACCAUGCAGAACGAGGUGGGUGACAUGGUGGACCUCUACGUCCCCAGGAAGUGCUCGGCCACCAACAGGAUCAUCACGGCCAAGGACCACGCCUCUGUCCAGAUCAACAUUGGUCAUGUUGAUGAGAAUGGCCUCUAUGAUGGCCGCUUCACCACCUUUGCUCUCUCUGGGUUCGUCCGUGCUCAGGGUGAUGCUGAUGGCUCCCUGGACAGGCUGUGGCAGAAGAGGAAGGCUGAGAUCAAGCAGCUCUAGAUGUUGCUAGUAGUUUUACCUGGAACUUGUUUCCUUCCCAUGUCUACCUAGCUCUUGGAUGUCUGUGGUUGGUUUCAGUUGCUACUAUGGAAGCUAAGACUUGAUGUCACUUGGCCUGGUUUCUUGUGAACAUGUUUUUGAGUUUAAUCUGUGUUGAAUGCUUGAUAUA